AUGAACAAGCCCAAAGACUUAUCAGGGUCCCAAAAGCGGAAAUUAAAAAAAGCUCGAUGUGAAGCGGACAAAAAAAGUGCUGUUUUUUUUCAAGGCUAUGUUAAGCGGUUGAGGUCUGAUAAUGAGGGUGGUGAAUGUAGCCAAACCACGGAUGAUUUAGACCCCGCUUGUCCACCUUCCAAGGACGCCGUAGAUUCUGAUGGAAAUUUGGACGCUCAGUCAGUGAAUACCGGAGAUAUGACGAUAGCUACAGAUAGAAACAACUGGGCAGAAAAAGUUAUAGAAAAAGAUUCUACAGUAUCAAAUAUUGAUUGGCAAGAUCCUGCUAAGUGGCCGAAUAACAUCAGCGACAGUUCACGCGUAGCAUUGGUAAAGCUAGGGCCUACAAAAAUAGAUCGGAAUACAAUUUUUCCUUUUGAUACAGAUCGCCGGCGCUUCAGCAUAGAAAAUUGUUAUCGAACCCUGAAGAAUGGCGAAAAAAUGGAGAGAUCCUGGUUAAUUUAUUCAGAGACUAAGGAUUCCGUUUAUUGUUUUUGCUGCAAAUUGUUUGGCCUCCGCAACAUUCCAACCCAAUUGCAAUCGACCGGAUUUAGAUCCUGGCGGCACUUGCAAGACAGUUUGAGCUCGCAUGAAAAAUCCAAAAUGCACAUUGAAUGCAUGACAGACUGGAAAGAACUCAAAGUCCGUUUAGAUUGUAGAAAAACCAUCGAUGAUGAGAAUCAAAAUUUAAUCCAAAGAGAGGAAACCUAUUGGAAACAAGUACUUGAAAGACUCGUUGAAAUAAUUAAGCAUUUAGCUAAGCGGAAUAUGGCAUUUCAAGGUACUGUCGAUCGAUUACACGAGCCGAAUAACGGUAAUUUCUUGAGCCAAGUUGAACUGAUGGCGAAAUUCGAUCCUAUUUUAAGCGAACAUGUACGUCGAGUUCAAAGUGGGGACCUCCAGCGCGUUCACUAUUUGGGAAAGGAAACUCAGAACGAAUUCAUUGACAUACUGGGUAAUGCAAUUUUCAAAGAAAUUAGCAGGCGAGUGGUAGCCGCGAAAUAUUACUCCAUAAUUUUAGACUGCACCUCCGAUAUUAGUCAUGAAGAACAAAUGACUGCCGUUGUUCGAUUUGUCACUGUGUCUGAAAACACCGUGGACAUUUGCGAGCAUUUCAUUGGCUUCGUUGUUGUAGACGAUACAACUGGUAAGGGAUUGUAUAAAACGUUGUUAGAUAUCUUGAAAUCAAACAAUCUUGAAUUGAAUAACUGUCGGGGUCAAGGGUAUGACAAUGGCAGUAAUAUGAAAGGUAAAAAUAGUGGUGUUCAGGCCAGAAUUUUGAAGGAUAAUAAAAGAGCGUUUUUCGUUUCCUGCAGUUGUCACAACCUCAACCUAGUAGUUUCAGAUGCCGGACAUUCGUCCGUCACAGCUGAACUAUUCUUUGGUGUUCUUCAAAGGCUAUUCGCAGUCUUCGCUGCUUCAACCCAGAGGUGGCAAAUAUUGAAGGAGCACGUUAAUAUCAGUGUGAAAUCAUUGCCUGAAACUCGCUGGGAAGGGAAAAUAAAUGCUGUAAAAGCUGUGAGGUUCCAGGUAGCAGAAAUCAGAGAUGCGUUGCAGGAACUUUGUCGAAUGUCGCAAGGUAAAGAUGCAAAGCUGAGAUCGGAACUGAGAGGCCUAUGUUUCGAAAUUGAGUCAUUGUCUUUUCUGAUUAGAUUGGUAGUAUGGUAUGAUGUACUGCAAGUGAUCAACAAAAUCAGUAAAGCUUUACAAUGUCCGAAAGUUGAUUUGCAUACUGCGAUGAACAUGAUUGAUGGUGCUCUUCUUCAAUUACAAACCUUUCGAGAAUCCGGUUUCGAAACUUGCAUAGCCACCGCUAAAAAAAUGGCUGAGAAGUUAGAUAUUUCACAAACUUUACCCGAAUCACGUACCCCACGAACAAGACGAUUCUUUGAUUAUGAGUCUCAGCACGACGAACGACCUAGCGAUCCGAUGAAAAGAACCCAAAUUUUGACUAAGUCCAAGGCUUUAGAAAAUUAUCUGACUGGUGAAGACGAGAACAGUGACAUUGAUGGUCGGGAGCUUGCCGAAGAACUGGAAUCUUUAAAAGCUUACUUCGUAGCCGCUGGAAUGACCGACUUGAGUGCACUCGUUAUGAUAUCGCACAUUAUUGAUAAAGGUCUGGAUGAGAUAUAUCCAAAUUUCACUGUGACCUUAAGAAUUUUCUUAACAUUACCAGUAACCUCCGCGUCGGGUGAAAGGACCUUCUCAAAGCUAAAGCUCAUCAAAACUUACCUGCGAUCCACUAUGUGCCAAGAUCGACUGAAUGGUUUAGCUGCGAUGUCAAUUGAGCAUGGAAUUUGCAACGAGUUGAAUUUCAGCGAUAUUAUAGCAUCUUUUGCGAACAAAAAAUCUCGCAAAGUCCCACUUUAA